CCUCGGCUGUUGAGCUUUAUAGUUCGUGAGAGCUGUAAAGGAAAUUGUCUGAAGAUAAGUAUCAAAUAUAAGUAUACUGCCUAAAGAAAUGGAAUCGCCCAGCCACGAUUUUAAAUUAGUUCUGGGCAAAGAAGGUCCAGGACAAGGGGGACUGGUACUGGAGUCAACAAGGACUGACAUCAACCCAGAGGAAAACUAUGUCAGUGCGAAUUGCCAAGAUGGAAACUGGAUAGUUUUCAACAAUGAACACGGUUACAUGUACGAUUACGAGUAUGCAACACUUUUGUCCGACUCUGAACGCUUCAAAUAUCUGCCGGAAAAGAAGCGUAUCACUGCAGCUUUUACCGUCGACGUCAAAGAAGGUGGCCUUUGCGUGUUUCGUGGACAUAAUUUCUAUGAUAGAAACAUGACUUUCACAGAGGUGGAAGCAGCUAUUGCUGACCAGUUCAAACCCCUAACAAAUGAUGGUGUCUCCUCUUGCAUUGUUUUUGAACCAAAUUCCUGGGAAAUGACCUAUAUUGUUGAUGAUGCAAGCAUGACAACAGCCACAGUAACAGUGCCACCAGGAAAGUAUGACGACAUGACAAAAGUUGGGAUUAACAGCGACAGACUUGUCAGCGCACGGAAACUUCCUCUUUGAAAGAAUUAAUUUCAAUAUUCAACUGACUCAUAUCUCUUAAUUGUAGUAACACAUAUUCUACUUUAGAUUUUCUUCUAAACAAGGGCAAGAUUCAAUUCAUUUAAAGUUAAAGAACAUUUUAACUUUCGUAGUUUUGUAGCUAAAUAAUGUGAAAUCCAGAAUAAAUUUCAAGAAUAUAUCCUAAAAUAAAUUUUGUA